AUGGAUGAGAAAGAAGUCUAUGUUAUAAAAACAUGCGACCAGGGAAAGCCAAGAUUUGAUGUACUAGCACUCCAACAACCAGAAGAUGCUGAUGGAAAAGGUCUUAAAUCAUCCCUAGAUUGUGCCAUCGACAAGGCUAAGUUAACCGUCGAUCGAAAAUUGCGUGAGAUUGGUUUGGGGUCCGACGGUACAAACACAAACAAAGCACUGUACAGACUUGAAAAGGAAGAGAUAGGUGACCACCUAAUAUUAGUUCUAUGCGUAUCAAACAAACUAGAACUUGCUAUACAUGAUGCAUUCAAGAAAUCAAAAUUAAAUGACGCAGCUGAGGAACAACUGGUCGUAACAUACUAUCUUUUUAAGCGAGCAAAUCUUAAAUGGCGUCUGUUCAAAAGGCAUGCAUUGUUAAUGAAGAAAUCAUCUCGCUGUUACAAGCGACCUUUUGGUACAAGGUGGGUUGCACAUCAAAGUGAUGUUCUCGAAGCUUUUUUGCAUAAUCUGGAUCUACUUCUUGGCUACUUGAACAACCAAAUCGCUGAUCCAUAUAAUACGACAAUGAAGAAAGAGACUCCUCGUUUAGAAGGUGUCCUAGCCUCGUGCUCUGACACGAUCACACUUAUAUUUCAAUGUGUAAAAGUUGAUCUUCUGAAGUUGAUUAGGCCGACAUCGCUUGUUCUGGAAUCCGUCUCAAUCUUAUUGCCGGAAGCCAUCACGACAAUCGGCGUUACACUGAAGAAAGUAAAAAAGCUAAUGCGGAAGUUGAAUGAAAACGGGGUAGAUGCUUUACGAGAUGAGUCCUUAUUUCCCACUCUGAAGAACGCGUUUUUACCAUCACUUGAUUUUGACGAAGAAGGUUUCAGUCUUGGAAGAAGCACUCGCAAAGAUCCUGCUUACACUGGAGUAACAACAUUUGCUGGGUACACCUUAAACCGUGGAAACCUAGAAAAUGUGCUUAGCAAAGUUUAUGAUGAUGUGAUGUUAGUCCUUCCGGCUUUAGAACUUGCCCUGGACGAGCGCCUCUCAUUUCUUGCCAAUGAUCCUAUCCUUUCUUCAGCUGCAGUUCUGCUUGAAACAACAGCUUACCAAAACCGCGAUGAAGAAGAUUUGGUGAGUAGAUGUGCCCCCCCAUAUGGCAAAAUUUUCCCGCCAUAUGACGUCAGCAUUUUUCCUGCCAUAGGACGUCAACAUUUUGUCGCGUGAUCUUUUGAGAUGGCGCCAGCAAAACGUAUAAAAACGGGAGUUUUAUAUUUAUUUUAAAAUGGAAAGUUUAUGUGAUAUGUUUGCAGCAAUGAAUAUUUCUCAGGAGGUGCCAAACGAUUUGAUUGUGGAUGAAGUAUCUUAUGAAGUGAAGAAUGUUUGUGAUUUGAUGAAUGCUGUGUUUUUCGAAGCGGUUGUUUGUGAAAUUCGGAGAUUAUUGAAGGAGAAAUGUCCAGGCUGCGAAGUCGAUCAUCCGAAUCAGAGGAGACACGACUAUAUUAUGUUGUCAGACGAGGAGGGAUGGUUACUGCAUGGUUUGGAAGCAGUGGAGCGUGUGAUUGAGCGUGGAAUUGUGAAGAAACAGUUUCUUGAAGCCAUUCGAGUGAUGAAAUUGGAAUAUUACGAGCGUGCGAAAGAACAUUAUGCGAACUUGAUAAAAGAUUGUGAAGUAACACUUGAUUUUUUGGGGGAUUUGAGAGGAAGUUUUUCUGAUUAUGAACCCAUUUUGAACUACCUAAUGUAUUGGAGCGAAGAACAUUGUGCAUAG